CCAAGAAAGCAGAGGCUUCGUCUUCUUCGUUGCGAUUCUGAAAAUGCCCGUGGUUCAUCGGAGUUGAGCUAUGGCGCUCGCACCAUUUCCGCCACCAAACCGCUCCUAUGCUUCCACUCCCGCCCUCGCUCACUCUCCUUCUCUUCAACUUCUCCUCCUUCGGCGAAGCUCCAGAGUUGUCGGGUUCAGAACUCGUUGCUCGCACCAAUCGGUUCAGUCCGAGACUCAACCGACCAGAGUCCCGUUCGACGCAGGGAGGAAGAAGCGGAAGCCGAAGCCGAGCUUCUUCGAGCAAAUCCGCGGCAAGUGGACGAGCAAAACCGAUUCGGCCCGAGAGAGGUUCCCUUGGCAGGUAGAGGAGCAAGAGCCGCCGCGAGGACAGCGCGAAGACGAAAGGUUGGUGAGCCAGGAAGUAUCUGAUAAAGCCGUCGAAAUAUCAUCUGAGCGUGAGCGUUGUAAUGUUGAUCCGCCGGUAACAGAUGGCGUGUUGCGUGCUCUUUCAGUUAAUCAGUCUACAUUGCCUCCUUGGGUGGUUCAUGGAUAUAAAGCCUCCCCAGAACCCAUCUGCGACGACGAAAGCGAAGCUUCGCGAUUAGGCUCGGAGGGAGGGGAAAUUGAGGAGGUUAGGGAGCGUUUGGAUGAUGACAAGGUUGUUAGAGCUGGCAAGUCAAUCGGCAAAGUUGAUUUUGGCGGGAAGUUUGAUACAGAAGAUGACGAAUGGGAGGAAUUGUCUGCAGUUGCUCCUCAACAAGGUGAAAAUAUAUCACACGCCUUUAAAGGAUUGAGAGUGAGUGACGUUUUGUCCGAUGAUGAGGAUCAUCAGGAGAAUGUUGACUUUGAGAAGCUUGACGUUUCUGGUGAGAGUGGUAAUAAGGGUUCAGUGGACUUACCAUGGAAGAGAGAAGGAGAUGGGAGGAGGAAGCAGAGUAAUGUGGAUUUGGCGGAGCGAGUAGUACCGCAACACGAGCUCAGGAGGCUCAGGAAAAUUUCUCUGAGGAUGGUGGAGAGGACGAAAGUUGGGGAUGCAGGGAUUACUCAGGCUUUGGUGGAUUCUAUACGUGAGAAGUGGAGAGUGGAUGAAUUGGUGAAGUUGAAGUUUGAAGGUGCCCACUCCCUUAACAUGAAAAGAACCCAUGAAACUUUGGAGAGUAGGACCGGAGGCUUGAUUAUAUGGAGAUCUGGAAGUUCAGUGGUGUUGUACCGAGGGAUAGCCUAUAAGCUUCCUUGUGUUCAAUCGUACAGCAAAAAAAUACAGGCCAGUGUAAGUUCUCUGAAAAACGAGGAGAUAGCCAGUGAUGUUUUUCAUAGUGGAGGAGGAACAGAGUUUUUCAAAAACCAGGGCCGUAUUUUAUGUGGUUCUGCAGAAUAUACGAAGGAUCUAUCUAAGAAAGAACUGGUGGAUAUAAUUGAUCUUAACUAUUUAUUAGAUGAGUUGGGUCCACGGUUCAAGGAUUGGUCAGGCUGUGAGCCAGUUCCAGUUGAUGCUGACUUGCUUCCUUCAGAGGUUCCUGGAUAUAAAACUCCAUUUAGGCUUCUUCCUUAUGGGGUUGGACAUUGUCUGAAAAACAAAGAGACGACCAUGUUUCGUAGACUCGCAAGGACGAUGCCUCCGCAUUUUGCCCUGGGAAGAAACAGAAAGCUGCAAGGUCUUGCUAAGGCCAUGGUAAAGUUGUGGGAGAGCAGUGCUAUUGCAAAAAUAGCAAUUAAACGCGGCGUGCCAAAUACUUGCAAUGAUAGAAUGGCUGAAGAACUGAAGGAUUUAACUGGGGGAACACUACUCUCUAGGAACAAAGAUUAUAUUGUGUUUUACAGGGGCAAUGAUUUCUUGCCUCCUGUGGUGGUAGAAGCACUGAAAGAGAGAGCAAAACUAGCAGAUGUCCAGGCAGAUGAGGAAGACCAAGCACGUCAGAGGGCCUCAGCUGCAAUUGAUUCAAAAUUAAAAGCUUCUAAAAGCCCACUUGUUGCUGGUACUCUUACUGAAACUCUGGCUGCAACCUCUCGGUGGGGGAAUAAAUCGAGCAGCAAAGAUGUUGAGCAAAUGCGUAGAGAUCAAUCACUCAAUAACCAUGCUUCACUCUUGAAAUAUCUUCAGAAGAAACUUGCUCUUGCAAAAGGGAAGGUAAAAAAGGCUGAGAAAGCUUUAGCAAAAGUGCAGGAGAAUCUUGAACCAGCAGACCUUCCAGUUGAUCUGGAAAUGAUAAGCGAUGAGGAGAGAUCUCUACUUCGUAAGAUUGGACUGAGUAUGAAGCCCUACCUGCUUAUUGGAAGGCGUGGUAUAUUUGAUGGUACCAUAGAGAACAUGCACUUGCAUUGGAAGUAUCGGGAGUUAGUAAAACUAAUUGUGAGGGGAAAAAGUUUUGCACAAGUGAAGCAUCUCGCAGUUUCUUUAGAGGCUGAGAGUGGUGGGGUGCUGGUAUCCUUAGAUAAGACCAUGAAAGGCUAUGCUAUCAUCGUUUAUCGUGGGAAGAAUUAUCAAAGGCCUCAUGCAGUGAGGCCCAGAAAUUUGCUUACUAGAAGGCAGGCAUUGGCUCGCUCUAUUGAACUUCAGAGACGUGAGGCACUUAAGCAUCAUAUUUCAGACUUACAGGAGCGGAUUGAGCUGCUAAAAUACGAACUUGAAGAUAUGGGAGUAAACAAGCAGAUUGAUGAAGAAAAGCUUUCUAGAUCAUUUAAUGCCGGAUCGACAAUAGAUGACACAUCUGAGGACGAAGGAGAGGAGGCAUACCUUGGAGUUUAUGAAAGUGAAGUGGAGGAUACUUGAAGGAAUUGAGAAGCUCGUUCAUGAAC